GUCGUCUUCGCUUGCUCCGUGAAUCACCUGCUGCAUCUGGCAGGCUGGGAUGACUGCACGGUCCGUCUGGCUCUGUGGCUCUCCACUCUGUGCCACCCGGAUGGCAUGAUGUCAAAACUGGUUUGACACAUUGCAAAUACCCAGACCGCCCUGGAAACAUGAAAGCUUUUUCUGGCGAAAGGGCAAAAUAGCGAUGUCGGCAUGUCUACCUAGGCCCCCGGGUCCCAAGCAUCCCCGCAGAAAGAGGGCUGCAGAAUGGCUCGAGCAACCCCUGAAAUCCCGUUGCACCUCUCUGGCCCAACCCAACGAGCUUCUGCUUGCGGAUGAACACCCGCUCUGUUGAGCAGUUUGGCCAGCUUCCUGAACCGUCGUCCCUUUUUUCCCACGCGACAGAACAGUUGCAUUAUGCUGCCUGGAAACCUAUAGCGACAGAAAUCCCAACCCUCGUCACCACGACACUGAGCGCCGAGAUCGGAACAUGCCGACGGCCUCAGCGUGUUAAAGGACCAAAGAUCGUCCCGAUUGGCCAUAAGCAUGCGCCCUUUCGCGCCCUUUGGAUCUCGCAAGCAGGACCUGGAGUUUGCGCAGCGCCCGAUGGGUGCGGCUCCCCCCAACGGCGCAGGGUUGUUUUUUCCGUCUGCCGCCGCAGACAGCCCACCCAGUUCUUCGUCACUUAUAUCACACCUGCAUAGGUGACCCCGGCGUACCAAGGUGGUGUUCUUCCCUUCUUUUUGGGGCAACUCGGCCUGUUGGGAGCUGAGCUCUGCCGCUGAGAUGGCGUUGCCGGCUGUGUCCGUCCUGUCUGGAACCAUGGCGUCGUUAUCAUUGUCAUCAGAAUCAGAAUCGCCAAGUCGGACCAGAUUGGGGCUGGAGCAUCUUCCCAAUGAGCUCUUGAUCCCCAUCGCACAGGUCCUCGUCCCAGCCCCUCCCCAGACGACCCGAUUCGCCCUCCGUCCCACUGGCACUUGGGAAUUCCGCGAUGCCGAACAUCAGUGGGCACACUGGCUGGCUAGCCACCGCAACCUGCUGGCUCUCGCCCAGACAUCUCGACGCAUGGUUGCCAUCGCCAAGCCCUUGCUGUACCACACCAUCAUCAUCCCUAACCCCAAAUCCCUGGUCGUCCUAUAUCACCGUCUAUACACUCGACCUGAAAUUCGACCUUGGGUUCGAGAGCUUAGCUGCCUUGUCAGCCUGGCUGAGGAGAACACCAUUCUAGGAACAUAUAGAGAGUGGGCCAACAUUCGCGGUGACGCCUGGGCUAUACCACCAGUCAGCCAUGACACUUCUAUCGCUUCUGAACUGCUAAAGCGCGUUCUUCUUCACUCGGUCAACUUGCGCGACUUUCUUGUCGCAUUCCCCGAUCAUGCCUUGACCGCAACCAGCUUGACUGAGCCGCAAGAAGACGAACCUGACCCACCACAGUCACAUCAUGAUCAGUAUCAACAAACUCAAGACCAGCAGCAGCAGCCGCAGCAACCACGGCGGGGUGCUUUUGUUCUACCUGUUUCCAUCCCUGCACGGAGGGUUCUCCAUCGGUAUAUUCAUCCAGUCGGAGGUCAGGUCGCGUGGAGAUGGUUUGACAUUUCCUUCUUCUUUCCCCUGGAUCGGCUGAGGAACUUGACUUCGCUGCGCAUCUACUGUAACCGCGAAGACGGAGCCAGAGACCGAUCCUUGUCCCGCAUACUUGCUGACUAUGCCGUUACGAUCUUACCCCAGCUGAGACAACUCAAGACAUUAGAACUCUGCUGCGAUCAAGCGACAGUAACGUCAUCCGUGGACAGCAAGACUCUUUCUUUGCCAGCCCUGCCUCAGCUCGAGACUAUUCGGUUUUACGGCAGCUCCAUACGGGAGCCAAACCUGGUGGCCUUUUGUCUUGCCUGCACCAACCUCCAGACGCUGGUUGUGCAUUUUGAGGCUAGCUCGACAGAUGAGGAUCGGGAGGACUUGCCAGAAGGGAAAACGCUCAGCGAAGCCCUCAGAGAGAGGGCAGCCACCCUCAGGGCACUGGAACUGGUCGCAUUCUCCGAGGGCCACUAUCUUACUCGGGGCAGGGAGAGGCCGAGGAAACCCGAGAACCACCGGCUGAUGUGCAUCCCCGACCUGAUCCACCUCGAGAGCCUCACGUUGGACUACCGCGGGGUAUUUGGAACUCUGGGCAUUUUGGAGGAGGACGAUGGGGAGCGGCUGUGUCAGCUCCUGCCCGAGUCGUUACAGGAUUUCACACUGGUGUGUGAGUGGGGCACGGAAAAUGACUGGAAACAAAGUUAUAUGGCCAACCUGGACAUGGUGCUGCACGGUGUGCAGUGCCUCUGCCAAUCAAGAACCCGAUCGCCCAACUUGGCAACCAUCAGUUUGGCCAUUCACUCUUGGCCAGCCGAGGGCAAGUUUCACCGCAGGUUCCGCAGGGAGGUGGAGGCUGUUAGACGGCGGUGUGCCUGGGCUGGCAUUCAGUUUCGAACAUUUGAUUUGCUGCCUUCCUAUCGAGACGAGGACGAGCCCGAAUUUCAGGAUGGUGAUGAGGAAGCCGGGCCGGCAGGGCAAGAUGAAGGUCACAGUGACGAGUGGGAAUCAGGAGAGGAAACAGGCCCAGGGCCAUCGAGGGCAGCUGCACCAGCAACCGGAGGAGGGAGCUUACUCAUCCCUCCAGAUGACUACGAUUAUCCAGAACUCGAAGAAGAAGAUGAGGCGUCCGAAUACUACAAUUCGGGUGAUGAGGAGCCAGAUCCGGAGAGGGCGGCAAGGCGACCACCCACGUUUGAGGCAUUCGUGGAGGAGUUGGGCGAAGACCAUGGGCACAGCUUGGACGAGCUAUUCUUUGCUUACCAUGAGGACCGAUGGGACCAGUAUCUGUUCUGA